AUGGCGGAACGACAGUACCUCUAUGACGUGUUUGUUUCAUACUCUGCUGCGGACGAUUGGGUCUUGGAUGAUCUGGUACCACAGUUAGAGGGAUAUGAGGGUAUGAAACUCUGUAUACAUGAAAGAGAUUUCAAGGCUGGUAGAUUGAUUAUAGAUAAUAUUGUAGAAUCGAUUGAAAAUAGUCGUCGUGUUUUAAUUAUAUUAAGUAAUAAUUUUGUUCAAAGUGAAUGGUGUCAAUUUGAAAUGACUUUAGCUCAGAAACAUGUUUUAAAUCGAGCUAUAGAACCUUUAAGUGUUGUUUUAUUAGAAGAUAUAGACAGUGAAAAUAUGAGCAAUUCACUUCAUGCUUUAUUAAAGACAACUACUUAUAUAACUUGGUAUGAUGAUAUAGAACAUAUUCAUUUGUUUUGGGAUCGACUGAAGAAUUCCCUUAUUUGA